CGGUGGACGUUGUUUUUCGUGUUGGAAGGGCUGCGAUGGGGAUGGCCGUGCUAUGCUGUCGAGGACGGAGAAAACAGUUGUCGGGGCGGUUGGGGUUGCUGUUGUCCGUCGAUUCCAAGUAGAGAGGGCGGCCGGGCGCAUGAAGGCAACGCUUUUUAGGCGGCGGCAGAGGCUUCUGCUGCAGAGGGUGUUGGACGCCCCGGACUGCAUUACCACUUCGGAGGCCGUGGUUCAGCUGUGCGCUGCAAUCGGGUGUGGUGUGCUUCCUCGGGCGAUGCCACGUUGGUGGAUGAGGCGGAGAGUUGGCGGGACUUGGGAGGAUUUGCGGGUGUGCGAUGACGCGACAGACGACUACUUCCGGGAAAAGCUCCGCAUGUUCAGGAGAGUGUUCAUGGAGCUCACGGAAGCCUGUGCGGCUCAUUUGCAACGACAGGUGAUCUUUUACAGGGAGCCACUUCAGUCGGAGCAGAUCGUCACGUACGCGCUAUACAAGUGGGCUACAGGAGAGCCAUACGACAACAACACAUCAUCCUGCGACAUAGGCAGGGCUUUCAGAGUUCGAGCUGUGCGCGAUGCGACAACCGCUAUGUUGAGGGUGUACGGGGACAAGAUAUGGUGGCCAACGGGGGUGCGGAAACACGUCGUGCUACGAGCGUUUCUGGACAAGUGCUUUCCCAACUGCCAUGGCGCAGUUGACUGCACACACAUCUACGUGGACAAACCGGCGAACACGUCGAGCGAGAACUACUUCGACUGCAAGCACCGUUUCUCCGUCAUUGCGCAGGUGGUGGUGAACCUGGAUCUGCUCGUGCUUGACGUGUUCGUUGGAUAUCCGGGGAGCUGCCACGACAUUAGGGUGAUCCAACUGUCAAGUCUGUCGAGGCGCGCGGAGGAGGAAAUGUUGUUUUGUGGGCCGCCUAUCACGCUACCGGGAGGGGUGAGGACGAACGGGGGCGAUAACGGGUAUCCUCCUUCUGAAUGGGUAGUGGUGCCAUACGGAGGAAUCAAUCAGCACCCAGACGAGGAAAGGUUCGACACGAAGCAGAGGAACCGUUGAGGAUCGGGGGUCGUCGCCCUCGUCGUCACUCGGAGACAACGGAAUCUC